UGCAGGUGCCACUGUCUUCAAAGUUCUGGUUCAACACUGAAGGAUGGAAGAUUUGAACAACAAGACAUCCUCAGAAAGAAUGAUCAGUUAAUGCUUCAACUUCACAAACCAUAACAACUCAGUUCUAAACUGCUCAGAUUUCAUUGAAAUUUAUCCAGAUAAUUUCCUUGACAUUGGCUCAGCUUACCUAAUCGCACCAAUAAUGGACUGGAUCUCCAUGGGCUUUGGACUUCCUUUGACUCUAAUAGUGAUGGUUGCAAUUUUUCGACAGGUGAAAAAGGAUCAGGGUGUCCCAGUCUACAUCAUCAACCUUCUCUUUUCUGAUCUCAUUCAGUUCUGUGGCAGAAUUAUAUAUUCAUGUAUGAUUGAAAUUGGCUUUACCAUCAUGUUUAUUGGUUUAAUGGCCAGUGUUGGAUUCAUGGUCUGUAUCUCAUUAGAAAGGUAUUUGAUCAUCGCCAAGCCACUGUGGUACAGAUUCAGGAGAAACAUCAAGACCUAUGUGGUGAUCUGUGGUAUCGUCUGGACUAUUUCUCUUAUUAUUCCAAUACUUGUGUAUCUGCCUAUUGAAACUACUGAUACUCCAAUUCUUCUAACCAUCUUAACUAGUGUGCUCCUCCUGCCCUUUCCCUUCUUCAUCUUCUGCUUGGUUGGGACUAUUAAAGCUCUGUCUGGAGCCCUCAGUGUCCCAGCAGAAGAAAAACGACGAAUUGUAGCCAUUCAGAUUGUGGUCAUGCUAAUUUACUCUAUGCUUUUCCUGCCCAUCAUUAGUUACAUUCUGUUACAGAAAAUGGACAUAAUUAUUUAUCUUCUGUUCUUAGUUUGUCUUUAUCUUAGUCCCUUUGCAGACACAACUCUGUAUGUGUUAACUCGGAAAAGCUUCCUGGAUAAGUUUCUGGCUUCACUCUGUUCUUGUAAAGCAUCAGACAAUCAGGAGAUGAGCAGCAAGGAUACUGAAAGCACGACUGCUCCACAUACUGAGACUGUUUAGGGUUUAAUAUCUGGAGCUUCCACAACAAUCUACUGUAGCUGAUUUUUUUAAAUG